CCCCCCUCCCUAAAAAAAAACAAGCCGAUCAGCAACUGCCAGCGCGGCCGGACCGAGCCGGCUCUCGCUUCAUGCCGGGUCGUGUUGAUUUGUAAUAUUUUUUAGUUUUUUUUAUAAUAACCGGUGAUAAACAAAGGAGAUGACGGGACUCCUGCCGUUUUACCGGGGCCUGUGCACCCUGAGUAACCGUCAAGCCAGACGAAAAACUGGGAUUGUCGGUUCUCGGUGCGGGUUUUGCGGAACUCAGUCAAGCAGCAAGCCGCAGCCAAACUUUGGGCUGUUGUUCGACAUUGAUGGCGUGCUCGUCCGGGGAAAGCAGCCAAUCCCUGCUGCAAAGAAGGCGUUUGAGAAGCUGGUCGACUCUCGGGGACAAUUUGUGGUGCCGGUUGUUUUUGUCACAAAUGCAGGGAAUUGCCUCCGACAAACAAAAGCGGACCAGCUCGCUCACAUUCUGGGAGUACCUAUUACACAAGAUCAGGUCAUCCUGUCCCACAGUCCCCUGAGAAUGUUUAAGAAGUUUCAUGACAAGUGUGUGCUGGUGUCAGGACAGGGACCCGUCCUGGAAAUUGCUAAAAAUGUGGGCUUUAAUAACGUUGUCAGUGUUGAUAUGCUGAGGGAGUCGUUCCCGUUGCUGGACAUGGUGGAUCACAACAGGAGACCCAAACUGCCGUCCAAUCCUGUUGGCAACCUUCCUAAGGUUGAAGCCGUGGUCCUGUUCGGGGAGCCGAUUCGAUGGGAGACACACCUGCAGCUGAUCGUCGACAUUUUGUUGACCAACGGGAACCUCAGCAGUGUUCACCAAACCCAGAAGAGGCCUCACCUCCCCCUGCUGGCCUGCAACAUGGACCUCAUGUGGAUGGCUGAGGCACAAUCUCCACGGUUUGGCCAUGGGACAUUUCUCGUGUGCCUAGAGAACAUCUACAAGAAGAUAACCGGUAAAGACCUGAAGUAUGAGGCGCUCAUGGGAAAACCCAGUGAGCUAACCUACCAUUUUGCAGAGUACCUCAUCAGAAGCCAGGCCAUGCAGAGGCAGUGGAAACAUCCCGUCACUUCCCUUUAUGCUAUAGGGGACAACCUCAUGACUGACAUCUACGGUGCCAAUCUAUACAACCGCUACCUGGAGGAGAGAGUUGCAAGAAAGAACCCCAAAGCCGUUGCUAAGAUGGUCUCCGCCACGGGGUCCGCCACUGCAGUGCCCCAGGAGGAGGAGAGCGACAAUCUGUGGGAGAGUGAGCUAGCGCUGCCCUCUGCCACGUCCUGUAAGUCUGUCCUGGUCUGCACAGGGGUCUACAACCCCAACGUAGAGGUGCCGUCCGACGCCAGUCACUGCAUCAAAGAGACCGUGUUCCACGGGCACCGGGACUUCCGAUUUGACCCCGGGCUGGUGGAGCCAGACCACAUUGUGCAGGAUGUGGCAGAAGCUGUUGAGCUCAUCUUUGAGCAGGAGAAGUUCGUGCCUCAGUAGAGUUGAGCCAACAGGGUUUUGCGUGAUCGUGGAGGUCCUGGUAGAGAAGGGGAGGUGGAGCAUUAAACUGGGUGUGCCACUCAAUGCAUAAACCUGUAGGAGCCGAACACUGUGGACCUUGUUUUACCACCCGACAGGGCGUUGACAAAUCGUGGGUCAGCUUCUAAACUUUCAACAUUGAGAAAAAAACGUUAGAGAAAAUUAAUCAUGUAACUGUUACUCUCAACCGCUCUUUUAUAAUGUUUUUGUGACAGUCUUUAAUUACCUGUUUUCAUGAAGGAAACAUUUAAGGAACUGCCUUAUUUGACCCAACUAUUUUUUUUAGAUGAUAGUAAUCUUUUAGAUAAUUGCAAAUCCUAAAACAUCCUAUAUUUAUUACAAUAAUUUACCAGUGUUUUUAAGAAGCCUAUUCAGAUAAUAAGGGUUGCCCCUUAUUCUCAAGGUGACUUUUCAUUGUUGCAUUUUUUGUCAUUUGUUAACCCAUUUAUCCUGGAAAAUCUAUGCAUGACUGAGAGUAUUACCUGUACAGUAAAGACAACAGUUUGAUGUGCAGUAGGCCUAUUGUCCUCUAAUAGUACUAUCCGUCUGCAUUUUGUCUAGCUGUGAGAGCCACGAGUAUUUGCACAGAUCGGAGACUUUGUUAAAUGUUACCAUAUCUUCCUGUCACGACUUGUGUAUUAUAAUGUAGAAAUUCAUUUUUAUGCUUUCAAAUUUUAAUUCCAGACGUAAAAGCUAUCUAGAUGUUUUUUUAGAUACAAGUACAAUGCCAUGUCAAAAACUUUUAUCGCUCCAUAUAUUUGAUCAUUUGUGGUAUUUUUUUUCAUUGUAAAUAACUGAACGUCAGAAAAUAUAAGGAAUAAUUAUUACACAUGUUCUGCAAACUUUGUUUUUUGUUUUGUUAUGAAAAAUGAUCCACCACUUAUCAGAGAUGGCCAUGGUAUUGAUCACUCUAAUAGACUUCUCCGUCAGUCAACAUAAUGACGUAUUUUUGUUGGCAGUGUAGGCGGAGGCACAAUAAUAGAGUGCUGCAGUAAAGUGUCCUAACACCUGGAAAUGAGUUAUCAACUUUGCACUUCCUGUUCCCUCGUCUUGAAGUCGAUGGGUUUUUUUUUUUAAAUGUUUUUUUUGGUUUGAUGCCUGAAACAAGCUUAAGAUAUUUUAAUAUUCUGUUCUAAGAUAUAAAAUAAGUCAGUAAAUACGAAAUAAACCAUGAAUUCUGACUCCAAGGCGGUUUUUAACAAGUGGCUAAAUGAGACUACAAGAGUCAUGAUACCGAUUAGUCCGGCCUUACAACCUUGUGUACUGUUGGGUAUGGUUUCAUUGCUAAAACUGUGGAAAAAAUUGUAGAAUUUAAAAUAAAACUUGCAUAUCAGAACAUGCAGAAAUCCUCAAAAGGCA